AUUAGUUAAAAGUGUUAUUUAUUAAAUAAAAAAAAACAACAACAAUGGACUCGGACACCGAGAAGGUUCCGAGUAUAAAACGAAGAGAACUGCCGCCCAUCUCACACUUACACAGACAUCUUACCUUCCGACUGAUGAUGACUAAGAAACAAGUGAGAGGACCACGUGCAUUGCCAUCCUUGCCAAGUCAAGACACAGUAGACGACAUGUCAGUUCCAAAAAAAAAAAAGAAGAAAGCUAAGCGUGAGGUCAGCACAGAGGGAGCAGAUGUUCCUGAGGAAGGUGGCAGGAUUGAAAUGGGAGGUUUGGCCAGUCACAGACAGUCAGAGAGCCAGGAACGUUUAACUCCUGAACCCCCUGAAAACCCACCACAGAGGAAGAAGAAGAAAAAGAAAGCAGACACUGCUGAUGUUGAGGGUGAUCAGACUAACCUGGUGCAGAAUGGAGAUAUGGUGGAUCAAAAUACAGAUGAGGAACCCACACGAAAACCCAAGAAGAAAAAGGUGAAACCUAAAGUGACAGAAACAGAAUCAAACAAUGAUCUGGAUGUUGAAGAUGAUGACAUCAUUACAGGCACUCAAACUUCUAUCCCCCAGCAUGCUCUGUUCUCCGCUCCUCAGGGUCCAAGUCAGCCCGUGGCCAAGGUGUUCAUUGAGAGAGGCCGUCGUUUUCAGCCAGCUGAGCGUACAGAAAAGAUCAAAACCGGUGACCAGAAGGACCAGGCAUCCAUGGACAUCCGGUCAGCUUGGACAACCAGAGAUGUGUCUGUAAAAAUGCACAGAGGCUUCAGGGUGAUUGGCCUAUUCUCUCAUGGAUUCCUGGCUGGUUAUGCUGUAUGGAACAUUAUUGUACUCUACAUUUUGGCUGGUGAUCAAAUGAGUGCCCUGUCUAAUUUACUUCAGCAGUACUACACUCUUGCAUACCCAGCUCAGUGCCUCUUUUACUUCCUACUGACCCUUAGUACGGUGUCAGCCUUCGACAGAGUGAAUCUGGCUGAAGCACCAGCUGCAAUGAGGAAUUUGCUGACUCUGGACCCUGUAGCUCUUGCUUCCUUUCUGUAUUUCUCCGCUCUGGUGCUGUCUUUGAGCCAGCAGAUGACCAGUGAUCGUGUUAAUCUCUACAGCACUGUUAACACUUCAUUAUGGCUGCCGGGUACAGAACGUACUAUACUACACCCAUGGAUCAUAGUGCAGCUGGUGGUUACACUGUUAGUGGGCUUAGCCUGGGUCCUUGUGUCCACCUCCCCUGAUGUAGAUUACACAGAAGAGUUCUUGUUAGCAAUGGAGAUCGAAUACCCCAAAGCUGAGGAGAAAGGAGCAAUCACUGCCUGAGAGGAAGCAACUGCUAAAAAUGCAUUUUUGGACUCUCCAAUGUACGCUGCCUUCACAUGCUGUUGGAUUUAUUGUAAUUACAAGUUUUAAACUUUAAACAUGCACCUGAACAUGUGAAUACUCUGGUGGUGCAUCAGCCUGAGGCGCCCACCACUGCAAUCGCCUGUCUGAAGAAGGAAGGGCUGAAUGGGGAGUCACCUACUUGUCACUUAUUCUCUUACUGUCUAGACAUGGCACUGUCACAGUCCUAGUGGCAAAUCUUAGUUAAUACAUCUAAUACAUAAUGCAUGUUUGGAGGCCUAAGAAAACCAUGGUACAUUGAGACAAACACAAGAGACUUAAAGAGAACAUGACAAACUUUAUGACUGUCAACGAAGGUGAGUUUUUAAACCUAGGACACUUGAGCCAUGUAACAGGCACACUACCCUAAAGUAAAAUAUUUAUGUACACCUCAACUUCCUCCCAUGUUCUUGGAAUGAAAAAAGAAUUCAAAGUACCUGAAAAAACUUUCAUGGACACAAGGAAGAACAUGUGCAAACAGUAAAUGGCUCAAGAUCUUCAGGACCCAUGUUACUGAGCAUAUCACCUCGCCAGACACCAGUAAUUUAAAAAUCUUAAACUGAAAUCUCUUAUUGACAGAGGUGUUCACACCCUGUAGCCAAUACUUUGUAAAAGCCCAACAAUUACAGCUGCUAGUCUCUCCAACUCUCCAACUUUUGCACACCUGGAUUUGAGUAAUUUAUCCCAUUAUUCAUGGCAGAUACUCUCGAGCAGUGUCAGAUUGGAUGGCGAAGAUCUGUGAAUGGCCAGAUGUUUAGUGGGGUUCAGGUCUAAGCUUUGGCUGGGCCAGAAAAGGACAUUCAGAACCAGAGAAGCAUUCCCAUGCUGCCACCAUAAUAUUUCACUGUAAUGCUGGGAUUAACCAUGUGAUGUACAGUGCUUAUUUUUUACCUAACAUAGUGCUUGAUAUCCUACCCAAAAGGUUUAGUUUUGUAUCGUCAGAAUUUUUUUCUUUACAUGCUAGUUACCAAACUCUAAGCGGGCUGUCAUAUGCCUUUUGCUCACCCAUGGCUUAAAUCUUGCUAUAAAGCAACUGUUUAAACAUGCAUAAAUAACAGUGGCUGUGAUAGCAGAUAAGCAAACAUGUCAAGCAGAACUAUGGUUUUAUUUAUGGACAGUAAAAUGACUAGAAGGAACCUAUUAAAUCAACUGAACAUCAAAAGGUAAACAUUCUGCAAUUUGAAAUGACAUGAGAAAUAAUGAGCUGAUGGUGUUAAUUGCACAUUGUGUAACGUGGAUCUAUUUAUAAGCCAUUAAAAUGUAUUAGGGUUCCAGUGUCUGUAUGAA